UCCGCCGCGGUUUCGCGUGUCCCGUGUUUUGGUGCUCGAUCGCGCCCUUUUCCGGCAAGUUUUUCUUUAAAUCCACCGUCUACGGCCCGUCGAACUCGGCUUCAUCUGGGUUAACCGGUAGUGGCUCACCAGUUAGUGGCAUCCUCCAGCAUAGCGACCCGCGAAAAGAAAGGAAGCCCCUCCUCGGUUAGCAGCACGGCGAGCGACGACAAGCGCAUCAUCCCGCUUUACCUCUUUCAGCGUGCGUGCGUACGGCGGCGAAGGGUACGAGAAACAACACACCCAGGUUUCUGCCAGGCACCAGCAACAUGAACGUCGAGGAAGAAGUGUUCCGGAUUCAGAAGAAGCUCGGCAAAAUGAUAUCCUUAUCGAAUGGCUCGCGUGCGUGCGUACGGCGGCGAAGGGUACGAGAAACAACACACCCAGGUUUCUGCCAAGCACCAGCAACAUGAACGUCGAGGAAGAAGUGUUCGGGAUUCAGAAGAAGCUCGGCAAAAUGACAUCCUUAUCGGAUGGCUAGCGUGCGUGCGUACGGCGGCGAAGGGUACGAGAAACAACACACCCAGGUUUCUGCCAGGCACCAGCAACAUGAACGUCGAGGAAGAAGUGUUCCGGAUUCAGAAGAAUCUCGGUAAAAUGACAUCCUUAUCGGAUGGCUCGCGUGCGUGCGUACGGCGGCGAAGGGUACGAGAAACAACACACCCAGGUUUCUGCCAGGCACCAGCAACAUGAACGUCGAGGAAGAAGUGUUCCGGAUUCACAAGAAGCUCGGCAAAAUGACAUACUUAUCGGAAUUUUUUUUUUAAUUUCUUAAAUUAAAUACCGCUGUCUUCCUUUCUGCUUUCCCCCUU